AUGGAAAGGAGGUUGCUUGCGAGUUUGUGGAGUGUUCGAGGGAUCACGUUUUACACCGGCUCAGUGAUCUUGGUUAUUCUUGCUCUUUGUGGUUGGAUUAAUUCUCACACGAAUGGACUGACCCGGGACUUUCUGGGAGCCUUCAGCAACCCACACACCAGCUUACUCAUGCAUCCGUGGUUCAUGUUUCUGGGUGUUCUGAACAGCCUGGGCAACAGAGAUGUGAAUGAUGAGAUGCUACAAGAAUGGGAAGGAGUACAAUUGCCUAUUGCAUUUCCAACAUGUGGACACAGUCUGCAAAUCCUGCUGUGGCAAGGGUCAAAAUCACGCUCAGACAAAUUCUAUACCUUGCACAGCUGGUUUGGGCUCAUCACCAUACUUUACCUCGCCCUACUGUAUGAUGAAAUGCAAAACAAAUGUGUGAUUUUUGGAUUUUCGUUGGCUGCUAUUUCUGCUGUCACCGGAGCAGUUACGGCUGCAGCCCAUGAUUUGCCUACAGAUGUGGUUUCUUCGGAAUAUUCGAAAUUUUCGCCGGACAGUCAAGCCUUGAACCGUGUUGGGAUCGCCUUAGUUGCUUAUGCAAUUGCAACAAUGAAUGCUUGCAAGAAAAGCGUCAACGCUGCACAAGUCAAGGAAAAUCACGUGCACUUUUUCUGGAUUGGCAUGCAAUUUCAUCUCAUUUUUGUGCGUACUCGUGGGAUUUAUUGGGAUCGCUGUUUGGCAUGCGUCCGAAGCCCAAGAGAUCAGUUGUCGACAAAAUAUUCCAAGUUCUGUCCACAUGGAAUGGCUCUGAAUGCCUUCGGUAUUUCCUUCGCAGGAUAUGCUGCAGUAACCCUGUAUGUUUUGCUGGUUCAGUGA